AUGGGUGGAGGGUGCGCGGUGAGCCCACAGAGAUGGGGCGCAGAGGUUUUGCUGGCUGCUCACUGUGCAGACCCUUCUCUCCGCUUGGCAUUAUGGGGGCUUCAAAGAAAAUAUACAUCAGGACCCUCGAGGAGGCUGCCGAGCGAGGCUCCGUUGGGAUCCUCCCGGAGGCUCCGUCGGGACCCUCGCGGAGGCUGCCGAGCGAGGCUCCGUCGGGUCCCUCGCGGAGGCUCUGUCGGGACCCUCGCGGAGGCUGCCGAGCGAGGCUCCGUCGGGUCCCUCGCGGAGGCUGCCGAGCGAGGCUCCGUCGGGUCCCUCGCGGAGGCUCUGUCGGGUCCCUCGCGGAGGCUGCCGAGCGAGGCUCCGUCGGGACCCUCGCGGAAGCUGCCGAGCGAGGCUCCGUCGGGACCCUCGCGGAAGCUGCCGAGCGAGGCUCCGUCGGGACCCUCGCGGAGGCUGCCGAGCGAGGCUCCGUCGGGUCCCUCGCGGAGGCUGCCGAGCGAGGCUCAGUCGGGACCCUCGCGGAGGCUGCCGAGCGAGGCUCCGUCGGGUCCCUCGCGGAGGCUGCCGAGCGAGGCUCCGUCGGGACCCUCGCGGAGGCUGCCGAGCGAGGCUCCGUCGGGACCCUCGCGGAGGCUGCCGAGCGAGGCUCCGUCGGGACCCUCAAGGAGGCUCCGUCGGGUCCCUCGCGGAGGCUGCCGAGCGAGGCUCCGUCGGGACCCUCCCGGAGGCUGCCGAGCGAGGCUCAGUCGGGACCCUCCCGGAGGCUGCCGAGCGAGGCUCCGUCGGGACCCUCGUGGAGGCUGCCGAGCGAGGCUCCGUCCGGACCCUCGUGGAGGCUCCGUCGGGACCCUCGCGGAGGCUGCCGAGCGAGGCUCCGUCGGGUCCCUCGCGGAGGCUCUGUCGGGACCCUCGCGGAGGCUCUGUCGGGACCCUCGCGGAGGCUGCCGAGCGAGGCUCCGUCGGGACCCUCGUGGAGGCUCCGUCGGGACCCUCGCGGAGGCUGCCGAGCGAGGCUCCGUCGGGACCCUCGUGGAGGCUCCGUCGGGACCCUCCCGGAGGCUGCCGAGCGAGGCUCCGUCGGGACCCUCGCGGAGGCUGCCGAGCGAGGCUCCGUCGGGACCCUCGCGGAGGCUGCCGAGCGAGGCUCCGUCGGGUCCCUCCCGGAGGCUGCCGAGCGAGGCUCCGUCGGGACCCUCGUGGAGGCUCCGUCGGGACCCUCGCGGAGGCUGCCGAGCGAGGCUCCGUCGGGACCCUCGUGGAGGCUCCGUCGGGACCCUCCCGGAGGCUGCCGAUCGAGGCUCCGUCGGGACCCUCGCGGAGGCUGCCGAGCGAGGCUCCGUCGGGUCCCUCGCGGAGGCUCUGUCGGGACCCUCGCGGAGGCUGCCGAGCGAGGCUCCGUCGGGACCCUCGUGGAGGCUCCGUCGGGACCCUCGCGGAGGCUGCCGAGCGAGGCUCCGUCGGGACCCUCGUGGAGGCUCCGUCGGGACCCUCCCGGAGGCUGCCGAGCGAGGCUCCGUCGGGACCCUCGCGGAGGCUGCCAAGCGAGGCUCCGUCGGGACCCUCGCGGAGGCUGCCGAGCGAGGCUCCGUCGGGUCCCUCCCGGAGGCUGCCGAGCGAGGCUCCGUCGGGACCCUCGUGGAGGCUCCGUCGGGACCCUCCCGGAGGCUGCCGAGCGAGGCUCCGUCGGGACCCUCGUGGAGGCUCCGUCGGGACCCUCCCGGAGGCUGCCGAGCGAGGCUCCGUCGGGUCCCUCCCGGAGGCUGCCGAGCGAGGCUCCGUCGGGACCCUCGUGGAGGCUCCGUCGGGACCCUCGCGGAGGCUGCCGAGCGAGGCUCCGUCGGGACCCUCGUGGAGGCUCCGUCGGGACCCUCCCGGAGGCUGCCGAGCGAGGCUCCGUCGGGACCCUCGCGGAGGCUGCCGAGCGAGGCUCCGUCGGGACCCUCGCGGAGGCUGCCGAGCGAGGCUCCGUCGGGUCCCUCCCGGAGGCUGCCGAGCGAGGCUCCGUCGGGUCCCUCCCGGAGGCUGCCAAGCGAGGCUCCGUCGGGACCCUCGUGGAGGCUGCCGAGCGAGGCUCCGUCGGGACCCUCGUGGAGGCUGCCGAGCGAGGCUCCGUCGGGUCCCUCGCGGAGGCUCCGUCGGGUCCCUCGCGGAGGCUCUGUCGGGACCCUCGCGGAGGCUGCCGAGCGAGGCUCCGUCGGGACCCUCGCGGAGGCUGCCGAGCGAGGCUCCGUCGGGACCCUCGUGGAGGCUCCGUCGGGACCCUCGUGGAGGCUGCCGAGCGAGGCUCCGUCGGGUCCCUCGCGGAGGCUCUGUCGGGACCCUCGCGGAGGCUCCGUCGGGACCCUCGCGGAAGCUGCCGAGCGAGGCUCCGUCGGGACCCUCGCGGAGGCUGCCGAGCGAGGCUCCGUCGGGACCCUCGCGGAUGCUCCGUCGGGUCCCUCGCGUAGGCUGCCGAGCGAGGCUCCGUCGGGACCCUCCCGGAGGCUGCCGAGCGAGGCUCCGUCGGGACCCUCGCGGAGGCUGCCGAGCGAGGCUCCGUCGGGACCCUCGCAGAGGCUCCGUCGGGACCCUCGCGGAGGCUCCGUCGGGUCCCUCGCGGAGGCUGCCGAGCGAGGCUCCGUCGGGACCCUCCCGGAGGCUGCCGAGCGAGGCUCCGUCGGGUCCCUCCCGGAGGCUGCCGAGCGAGGCUCCAUCGGGACCCUCGCGGAGGCUCCGUCGGGUCCCUCGCGGAGGCUGCCGAGCGAGGCUCCGUCGGGACCCUCCCGGAGGCUGCCGAGCGAGGCUCCGUCGGGUCCCUCGCGGAGGCUGCCGAGCGAGGCUCCGUCGGGUCCCUCGCGGAGGCUCCGUCGGGACCCUCGCGGAGGCUGCCAAGCGAGGCUCAGUCGGGACCCUCCCGGAGGCUGCCGAGCGAGGCUCCGUCGGGACCCUCGUGGAGGCUGCCGAGCGAGGCUCCGUCGGGACCCUCGCGGAGGCUCCGUCGGGACCCUCCCAGAGGCUGCCGAGCGAGGCUCCGUCGGGACCCUCGUGGAGGCUGCCGAGCGAGGCUCCAUCGGGACCCUCGCGGAGGCUCCGUCGGGACGCUCGCGGAGGCUGCCGAGUGAGACUCCGUCGGGUCCCUCGCGGAGGCUGCCGAGUGAGGCUCCGUCGGGACCCUCGCGGAGGCUGCCGAGCGAGGCUCUGUCGGGUCCCUCGCCGAGGCUCCGUCGGGACCCUCGCGGAGGCUCCGUUGGGUCCCUCCCGGAGGCUGCCGAGCGAGGCUCCGUCGGGACCCUCCCGGAGGCUGCCGAGCGAGGCUCCGUCGGGACCCUCCCGGAGGCUGCCGAGCGAGGCUCCGUCGGGACCCUCGCGGAGGCUGCCGAGCGAGACUCCGUUGGGUCCCUCGCGGAGGCUGCCGAGCGAGGCUCCGUCGGGUCCCUCGCGGAGGCUGCCGAGCGAGGCUCCACAUGGCUAUGGACUUUGAGGUGUGACCCAUGGCACAAUGCUGCUGGGAUUCAAGAUGGGGCCUGA